AUGAAUUACGGUAACAAUAACAUGAACACUGUGGGCUUUAACGAAGGCGAUGAUGACAGAAGCACGUACGUUAGAAACAACUACAUGUCUAACAUGAACGAAUCUCCUUCGUACAACCAGGGGAAAAACAUGCAGAUGGAGGAAAAUGCUAAUCCACACAUGUUUAACCAAAUGAGAAACAAAAGGGAAGUAAGCAACAACGUGAUGACCGCCGGUGGAAAUGGAAACCCUGGAAACAGGAAUUUUUACGAUGGCAAUGUGAACAGCGAUGGCUACAUGAUGGGAGGAGACGGUGCUGUGAGAAGUUCAGAAAAUGGCAUGACUGGAUCAGGAUAUGUAAACUACUCAGAUAAUGGCAACAACAAUAGCAACAGCACCAACAGCAGUAACAACAACAACGUUGGUGGAGGAAACCAAGACAACAGUUAUAAAAAAAAAUUCGGAAAUAACAACUAUCAUGAAAAUCCAAGUAACGAGAAGAAUCCCGUAGGGAUGUCUCCACAUCACCAGCAUAAGAAAGGAGGUGCAGGAGGCGCCGGCGGAAAUUUCAUGGAUAGGGGUAACAUGAAUAAAAGUAAAAUCGAAAACGGAAUGAUCUCUAGCAAUGUACGAACGAACAGUGCGAACGAUCCAAGUAACGACAACACGAAUAACAACAACAAUAAUAAUAACAAUAAUUACAAUUAUGAGAAGCCAAGAUAUAAGCCCCCCAUGCUUAGAAACCAGCCAAACACGAACAGGAGCAACUUUGGAAGAAUGAACUAUAACAGGGGAUCAGGUGGAGGAGGAAAUCCAGCGUUUGGAAGAAAUCAUAACGUCCCCAAAACGGCGUGGGCAAAUAGAGAUAAUAGAAGAUAUUACCCAGAAAAGGAAGAAGAAAUAUAUGCCAAUGUGAAGAAUGAAAAGGGGGUCAAUUUCGAUUUGUACGAUAGUAUCCCAGUGGAAAUAAAAGGAUACAAUAGCGAGAAUAUCAUUCCAAUAGAUAAUUUCGAUGACGUAGGAUUAAAUUUGCAUGAAAUAUUGUUAGCCAAUAUUAAGAGAGUAAAUUACGACAAAACAACCCCGAUACAGAAAUACAGUUUAAGUAUCAUUAUGAAUAAGAAUGAUCUAAUUGGGGUUGCCCAGACAGGAAGUGGAAAAACGGCAGGAUAUCUCCUACCCAUCAUUAACCAUAUGUUAUUAAAUGAUCCACCUAAGCAUACCUACUAUGAGGAAAACCAGAGAAGCUCCAGCUAUUAUUAUAACAGAGUUUGCUUACCCGUAUGUUUAAUUCUAGCCCCCACGAGAGAAUUAGCAGUGCAAAUUUUUUAUGACUCGAAGAAGUUUUGCUUCGAAACGGGAAUUAAGCCAGUGGUUCUAUACGGAGGUAGUAAUAUCAAAAUGCAACUAUCCAACUUGGACAAAGGGGCGGACAUAAUUGUUGCAACUCCAGGAAGAUUAAACGACAUUUUGGAGAAGGGAAAAAUUAAACUCUUCCUCACGUCCUUCUUAGUUCUAGAUGAAGCAGAUCGAAUGCUGGACAUGGGAUUUUCUCCACAGAUAAGAAGCAUAAUGUAUGAUUAUGACAUGCCAGGAAAUGAUAACGAAUCUCGUAUGAACACAAACCAAAUGGAAUACAAACGAUACACAAACGAAAUUGUGAAAAGACAAACCAUCAUGUUUAGUGCCACGUUUAGGAAGGAAAUACAAGUGCUAGCCAAGGAGUAUUUAUACAAUUAUACCUUUUUACAAAUCGGCAAAGUUGGAAGUACAAAUGAAUAUAUUAAACAAAAUUUGAUAUACAUAGAGGAAGAAAACAAAUGUAAUUAUCUGCUAAAAUUGUUAUCCGAAAAUAACAACGGGUUAACCAUUAUUUUUGUGGAAACAAAGAGAAAGGCAGACAUAUUAGAACGAUUCCUUAACAGCCAAAAGUUAAAUGCCGUAUGUAUUCAUGGGGACAAGAGCCAAGACGAAAGAGAGAGAGCUUUAAAAUUAUUCAAAAGGGGAAUCAAAAAUAUGUUAGUAGCAACAGAUGUAGCUGCUAGAGGUCUCGAUAUAUCCAACAUUAAGCACGUCAUUAAUUUUGACCUACCCAGCAAUAUAGACGAUUAUAUUCAUAGAAUAGGUAGAACAGGUAGAGCCGGAAAUAUAGGAAUUGCUACAUCAUUCGUUAAUGAUGACAACAGGAAUAUAUUUAAAGAUUUGUUAGCCACGUUGGAAGAAUGUAACCAGGCUAUACCACGCUGGUUCCUCAAUUUGGUCAUGAGAUACACAGCAAGUGCGAAAUCGAAUAGAACAUUCAGAUACAAUAAGCCAAGCAAAGGAGGUAGGGGAAACUUCUCCAGGUAUAACAACAAUAGCAACUUUGGAUUUAGCCAAAGUGGAAGCGGCAACAACCCCUUUAACAAUAACUCGUACAACCAGCACUCCCCAUUCAGUAACAACCAACACGGCAUGGGGAACAACAGCGGGUUCUCCAGCUCCCCCUUUAAUAACAACAACAGUGGCAUGUAUGGAAACAGCGGCUUUAACAACAAUGGUGGUGGAAGCAGCCCUUAUGGAAAUAACUCAGGAGGAAUGAACCCAUUCAACAGUAACAGCAACGGCAAGUUUAACAACAACUACGGGCAUAAGAAGUUUGACGAUCAGAGGUUCCAGAGGUCGAAUUUUCAGGGCGCUGACGAGAGUGUAGACGGUUGGUAA